ACGCGAUUAGCUCUGCAGCGUGAGCUCAGCUUUCUUGUGCACGGUAGCUACAAACAUUUCUGAUGCUAGCUAGCAACUGAUUCUGUGAUUUUAAUAUUCUCCAAGUUACAAAAGUAGCUUUACUAAACAACACAGUAUUUUGUAGAAGACUAUUCUUAGAGCUAUAUAGCACGGGAUCGCGCUUUUUGGCAAAUUUGGACAUUUCUCUGUGCUAGCUAGCCAAGGUUAGCGCGUUAGCUAACAUUAACAUCAACAUGAAUAUUGACAAUGUUAAUCAGUCUGUAACAACUGGAGUAUCAUCUACACCGUCUUCAACUUCAAGUAAUUGUAUCGCAAAUGAUAAUGCAACAACCAACGUCAGCAGCAUCCCUUCGGUCACGAGUAAUGCUUCAGCCUCAGCGUCCAUGGUGACACCAUCAGCAGAUACAUCUGUCUCCAACGGUGUCUAUAUUCCUGGUGGCAUCACCAAUGGAGAUGUAAAGCCUGCCAUCUCCACCACCCCCCUGGCAGAUUUCCUCAUGCAGCUGGAAGAGUACACUCCCACAAUUCCUGAUGCAGUUACAGGAUACUACCUCAACCGGGCUGGCUUUGAGGCUUCUGAUCCAAGAAUAAUCCGUCUGAUCUCCCUCGCUUCUCAGAAGUUUAUCUCAGACAUUGCCAAUGAUGCGCUGCAGUACUGUAAAAUGAAGGGCACUGCCUCAGGAAGCUCAAGGAGUAAGACAAAGGAUAAGAAGUACACUCUGACUAUGGAGGACCUGACUCCUGCCCUCACAGAAUAUGGUGUCAAUGUCAAGAAACCAUAUUACUUUACAUAGAACAUUCUUUCUUUAAGGCAUUUUGCGUUUUAUCUCCCUGCUGACCCACUAGAGUCUGUUUGACACCUCUAUUGCUAAAUGUUUUUUUGUUGAUCAUGGUGCUUUAGUACAGCUUUGACAAAUCUUUGUAGUCACUUUGCCAUUUGUUAUUUUUUUGUGGAACCACCUUUGCAUUAUGUUAAAUUGUAAAAUUACGUUUUAUUGUGAAAAUAAAACUCUUACCAAAAACCA